ACGACGUAUGGGCGGACUGACGUAGACAGCAACCCCUGUUUCGAGUUCCAAACCCUGCUUUCAUAGUAACGGCGCACCGACUGUAUGCAUUGUUACAUUCUUGUGCAAUUGAAAUGUGCAGCCUCAGUAUGGUCGAGUGCGCAAAUGUCCGUACCUCCUUCGGACAAUAGGCGCCAUGUGGCUGUCUCUGGGUCAUGCAGCAUUGUACCGCACGAACACGAACACAAUGCAAGUCGGGAGCGGCGCCAACGGCCAUGCCGCCCAGCCGCGUGAGCUGUUGCAAGGAAUUGUGCUUUAGCAGCAGUCAAAUGUCCAAGAAAGGUCUUUUGACUUCCUUUAUGUAGAUAGAUACAUUUCUCCGAAGUGAAUUCGCUUUAUUGAACUUGAAUAUACAGGAGGCCCAAGGCAGACGUGGUUCUCUCUGGCAGAUUUGAACCAUUUACAAGAUGUUAAGGACAAAAGCAGUUAUGUGCUCUCAAACCGUCGCCAUUGCUGUCGUGCUCACCGUGACCUUCAUUACAGAAUUCAAGAUGAUGGAACUGUCUCACAGCCUCACCCUCAAUGAAGAGGUUCUGGCACAACUUCCUGAAGUCAAGCGACCAGUCUUUGUCUUUGAAUGGCUACGUUUCCUGGACAAAGUGCUUGUGGCUGCACAAAAGUCGGACAUCAAGCAAUGCCAAAAACAGCUGGUUGAGCAACUUGUGCGGCAGAUGCGUGAGGGUUCGCCUGGUCCCCCAACGCGUCGGAUGCUGGGCCGGUGCCUGGCAACCCUGUUCAGCGUUGGAGACACUUUUUUGCUGUUUGAUGCCGUCAACCAGUGCAAUGACAUCCUGCGUAACCGAGAUGAUUCGCCCAGCUGUUUGCCUGCUCGCCUGGCCGCCAUUACAAGCACAGGUGCUAUGUAUGAGAAGUUGGGUCGGAUGAUGGGCCGCAGCUACGAAGACACAGUCCACAUUCUCCUGAAGUCGCUUAGGAAUGCUGAGUCACAGUCACGCUGCGAGACAAUGCACACCAUGGAGAAGAUGGUGGCAGGGAUGGGCGUGGCAGCGAGUCCCGUGCACAAGGACAUCUUCAAGGCUGUGCGCCAGUGCAUGACUGACCGGGUGCUGGCUGUGCGCUGCGCUGCUGCCAAGUGCUUGCUGGAGAUGGUGUGGCAUGCCCCCUUUCUCUACACAAGUGACUUGGAGACGGUGGCCUCCAUUUGUUUCCGGGCCUUCGAAGGCUCCAACUACGAAGUGCGCUGCACUGUAGCGCGGCUUCUUGGAACUGUGGUGGCCAUCACCCAACAGGCCUCUCAGGCACAGGUUGGAAAGAACAGACUGGCCAGCUUGGAUGAGGUGUUGGGCCUGCUUGCCUCUGGUUUCCUUCGUGGUGGCAUCGGUUUCCUCAAAGGCAGCGCAGGCGAGAUUAUCAAGGGUGGCUCAUCUGUCAGCCGUGAGAUACGAGUUGGCGUCACUCAU